AUGAAUGCCAUGCGGGUUCUCAGCUCUAGUACAGACCUUGAAGCCGCUGUGGCGGACGCUCUGAAAAAGCCCGUGAGAAGGCGCUAUGAGCCGUACGGGAUGUAUUCCGAUGAUGACGCCAACAGCGAUGCCUCUAGCGCGUGCUCAGAAAGGUCUUACGGAUCUCGGAAUGGAGGGAUUCCGCACUACUUGCGGCAAACCGAGGACGUGGCAGAGGUCCUUAAUCAUUGCGCUAGUUCCAAUUGGUCAGAGAGGAAGGAGGGGCUUAUCGGUCUACAAAACCUCCUAAAAAGUCAGCGGACGCUCAGCCGGGUAGAGCUGAAACGAUUAUGUGAGAUAUUCACUCGGAUGUUCGCCGAUCCGCACAGCAAGACAGGUGUUCAGCAUGUUCCUGGAAACCCUGGUGGAUUCGUUAUCAUUCACAAGGACGACCUGCAGGACUGGUUGUUCAUUUUACUGACCCAACUUUUGAAGAAGAUGGGGGCUGACCUGCUGGGUUCUGUGCAGGCCAAAGUACAGAAAGCCCUCGACGUGACAAGGGAUUCAUUCCCUUUCGAUCAGCAGUUUAACAUUUUGAUGAGAUUCAUCGUUGAUCAGACACAGACGCCGAACCUCAAGGUGAAAGUUGCCAUUUUGAAGUACAUUGAGUCGCUGGCCCGGCAGAUGGACCCCACAGACUUUGUGAACUCCAGUGAGACGCGAUUAGCAGUUUCCAGGAUAAUCACAUGGACGACCGAACCAAAGAGCUCAGAC